UUGGGCGUGGCUGAUUACGUAACAGCGUAUACGUACAUAGAACCAGAGAUAUAAAACUUUCUCAAGGGCUAGCUAGCUAGCUCUAUUCAAGCAAGCCAUGGCGUCUGGAUGGGUGAUCAACGAGCUUCCAAAGUGGAUAGUGCUUGGAGCGUACAUGCUCAUCAAUAUUGCGCUGUUCCUAUACCAGUUCUUCCUGUUCCAGGACUCUGAUCGUUUCUACUAUAUGAGAAUACGAACAAGGGAGGCUCUGGCGUUUGCUCGAGGCCCGUCUCUACCCAUUAACUUCAACGUCAUUCUAAUUUUGCUCCCAGUGUGCCGAAACCUCAUCUCCUUUAUCAGGGGAACUGGCAGGUGCCCUCCCCGUACCGUCAGACGAAUACUGGACAAGAACCUGACUUUUCACAAGGCCAUAGCUUGGGUCAUUAUCGCCUCCAGCGCUAUGCACGUCAUAGCUCACUGGUACAACUAUGAAAGGCUGGUCAGCCUGGCUAAUAACAAUGCUCCUCAAGGGCCGCGCCGUCUCAAUCAACAGUGGCCUUGGGAAAAGAGGAAUGUGCCUACUGAAGCACAGCCGAAUCUUGCAAGCGUACAAAUAGACCCCAUCACGAUUUGCUUCACGACAGCUGCUGGCAUCACAGGCCAUAUAAUCACAGUGGCUCUCUUCCUGAUGGUAACCUCAUCCUUCGACUUUAUUCGUCGCUCCUACUUUGAGGUUUUCUGGUACACCCACCACCUCUUCAUUGUGUUCCUGCUGGGCCUUGCCUUUCACCAGUUCCAAGAGCUACUGCCGCUUCAAAAUAACUCUCCUGAUCUAAGUAGCUCAAACAUUCAUGACCCUAAGUUCUGCGGUGUAAUUGGAGAUACUUAUGAAGGACACACUACCAGGAUGAGCGCCAAUAAUAACACCAUUAUACUUGACAAUGGAACUACCCUAUGCAGUGGUGCAUCCUUCAGUGCUGCCGCACCUUGUUCGUGGAAGUACAUGCUGGGUGGACUGAUCAUAUACAUAAUAGAGCGCAUAAUUCGAUUCAUUCGUAGUCUGCGUAAUGUGGUUAUUGUGAAGGUGGUGGAGCACCCUUCCAAAACGUUUGAGAUUCAGAUGAGGAGGAAAGGUUUCUUUGCCGAGGCUGGUCAGUAUGUCUUUAUCAACGUUCCUUCUGUGGCCUUCCUCGAGUGGCAUCCCUUUACCCUCACCUCUGCUCCAGAGGAAGAUUAUUUCAGCGUGCACAUUCGUAUAGUGGGAGAUUGGACAGAGAAGGUGGCCAAACAGCUGGGGGUGGGCAGAGGAGACUUCCAACAGGCCUGGGAGCUACCCACUAUAUCUGUGGAUGGACCAUUCGGGACGGCUAGUGAGGAUGUGUUUUCUCACGAAGUUGGACUGCUCGUGGGGGCUGGUAUUGGGGUGACUCCGUUUGCUUCAAUUCUCAAGUCUGUCUUCUACAAGCUCACCCAGGAGGACACCGCACUUAAACUGAGGAAGGUCUAUUUCUACUGGAUCUGCCCAGAGCCAAGUGCGUUUGAGUGGUUCGCUGACCUCUUGCAGUCUGUGGAGUCUCAAAUGGCCAGCAAAGGGAUAAGUGAUUUCUUGGACACACACAUCUACCUGACUCGAGGUUGGCAGGACAGUCAGGCAUUUUCCAUUAUGCUGCAAGAGGGAGACGAUCGUGAUGCCAUCACUGGUCUCCAGGCAAAGACGCACUUUGGUCGUCCUGACUGGAACAAAGAGUUUGACAGCAUCUCACAGGCACACCCUAACACAUCUGUUGGAGUGUUUUUCUGUGGCCCGUCAGUGCUCUCCCACAACCUCCACCGCUACUGCAAUGAAUACACAAAGAGCGGGGAUACCACACGAGCCCGCUUCUAUUUCAACAAGGAGAACUUUUAACGAUUGUUCUAGCAUAUUUUAAUCAGAGUCAAACAAAUUGUAGUUUUUUGUUGUAGCUUUCUAUAAUUAUUAGUAAGUAUUAGUUAAGGUUUGAUUUUGUUGUAGAUUAGUUUGGAUACUGUGACAACGUUGAUUAAAUUGCAA